UUCAGCAGUUCCGUCUCUAAGUGCCGCGUGAGAGUCAGAGCAACAUAAACACAUCUCUUCCAUUUUAUAAUAUUAUUCCACGUUGACACACACUCAGAUUUUGUUGCUCAGUGUGUUAUUGUUGAACACAGGAUGGACUUCGCAAUCCGGGCCGCCACGCUCGAGGACUGUAAGGAUAUCUCGCGGAUGAUUCUGGAACUGGCAGAGUAUGAGAAAGUUUCAGACCAGAUCAAGAUUACACAAAGAGAUCUGGAACAGGAUGGAUUCUCCAAAAACCCUUUUUUCCAUGGAAUUAUUGCUGAAGUGCCAGAGCAUCUUAAGUCCAGAGAUGGUCAUACCAAGGUUGGUUACUCACUGUACUUCUACUCGUACAGCUCAUGGAAAGGUCGGACGGUGUACAUGGAGGAUCUGUACGUGAUGCCAGAGUUCAGAGGGAAAAGCAUUGGCAAGGCUCUGAUGGCCAAAGUUUCCCAGCUUGGUCUGGCUGCUGGUUGCACUCAGCUGAAUUUCACUGUGCUGGAAUGGAACAAGUCAUCUCUUGACUUCUACCGAAAGCAGGGCUGCUGGGAUGUGACCUCUGACCUCGGCUAUCACUGCAUGCGCUGUGAGGGUGAUGCCCUUCAACACUUGGCACAGGGGAACCUUUAAA